AUGUCCGCAUCGCAAUCCCUGGGAGGUUCUUCGAGAUGUGGAAGAGUCCUUGGUCCAUCACUUGACAAGAUCAUUAAGAAUGCCGCGUGGCGUAAGCACUCUCAGCUUGUCUCCUCCUGCAAAUCCACCCUCGACAAACUUGAAUCCAUCUCCGAUUCUCAAUGCGAUCCCAAAUCCCCUCUUUUAGGUCUCUCCUCCUCAGAUGCAGAAUAUGUCCUUCAACCUCUAUAUCUCGCCCUUGACUCUGCUUACGCUAAGGUUGUUGAGCCUGCUCUUGAAUGCACCUUUAAACUCCUCUCUCUUGGUCUUCUCUGCGGCGAGAUCGAUAAUUCGCAACCAGUUGUUUUCAAUAUUAUUGAUGCCAUCUGUAAGUCCAGUGGCCUUGGCGAGGAGGCCGUCGAGUUGGCCGUGCUCCGAGUCCUGCUUUCUGCUGUAAGAUCCCCCUGCAUUCUCAUCCGGGGAGAUUCUUUGGUUCAGGUUGUUAGAACUUGUUAUAAUGUCUACCUAGGCGGGGUAAACGGAACUAAUCAGAUCUGUGCCAAGUCUGUUCUUGCCCAGAUCAUCACUAUUGUUUUCGCCAGAGUCGAGGAGGACUCCAUGGAUGUCUCCAUUAAAAAGGUUUCUGUUACUGAACUCUUAGAAUUCACAGAUAAGAAUUUGAACGAGGGUAAUUCCAUACAAUUUUGCCAAAAUUUGAUCAAUGAGGUCAUCGAGGCUACUCAGGGUGUUCCUCUCAAACCAUCUUCUCUCCAAAUAUCCAAACCCACCCCACCCUUGCCCCCCAAACCCACCCAACCCUUGCCCAACCAAGUAGAUGAAACCUCUACAGACACUGAACCUGGACCUGAUGGAAGUAAAAUAAGGGAGGAUGGUUUUCUUCUUUUUAAAAAUUUGUGCAAAUUGUCCAUGAAAUUCUCAUCUCAACAGCACCCUGAUGAUCGGAUCCUCUUGAGAGGCAAAAUUUUGUCCUUGGAGCUCCUUAAGGUUGUCAUGGAUAAUGGCGGCUCCAUAUGGCGCGUCAAUGACAGGUUUCUCAAUGGCAUCAAGCAGUAUCUUUGCUUGUCAUUAUUAAAGAACAGCGCUCUUUCAGCAAUGGCCAUUUUUCAGCUUCAGUGUUCCAUUUUCACGAACUUGUUAUCAAAAUAUAGAUCAUGCUUGAAAAAAGAAAUCGGCAUGUUUUUUCCCAUGCUUAUCCUCCGAGUACUUGAGAAUGUGCUUCAGCCCAGUUUUCUGCAGAAAAUGACUGUCCUGAACUUAUUGGACAAAUUAUCCCAAGAUCCUCAGAUUAUUAUUGACAUUUUUGUCAAUUAUGAUUGUGAUGUGGAUGCUUCAAACAUAUUUGAAAGGAUAGUCAAUGGUCUUCUAAAAACUGCUUUGGGACCACCUACGGGGUCGACCACAUCUUUGUCUCCAGCUCAAGAUAUUACUUUCCGACAUGAAUCUGUGAAUUGCUUGGUCAGCAUCAUUAAGUCAAUGGGAGCUUGGAUGGACCAGCAGAUAAGGCCGGGAGACUUGGAUCUUGUAAAGAGCCCUGAAAGCUCCAGCGUAGGAGAGAGUCCGCUAACUCUGAAUGGAGAAGACGGAAAUGUUUCUGAUCUUGAGCUACACCCCGAUGUAAAUUCUGAAUUUUCAGAUGCCGCCACAUUAGAGCAGCGUCGGUUAUAUAAAGCUGAGCUUCAGAAAGGUAUAUCACUUUUUAACAGAAAACCUUCCAAGGGUAUUGAAUUCUUGAUAAGCAACAAAAAAAUUGGUAGUUCUCCAGAAGGCGUGGCUCUGUUCCUUAAGAAUACUGGUGGCCUUGACGAGGGCAAGAUUGGUGACUAUUUGGGGGAAAGGGAGGAUUUUUCUCUGAAAGUUAUGCAUGCUUAUGUAGAUUCCUUUAACUUCAAAGGGAUGGACUUUGGUGAAGCUAUACGUUUUUUUCUUCAGGGCUUUAGGUUACCUGGUGAGGCACAGAAAAUUGAUCGCAUUAUGGAGAAGUUUGCUGAGCGCUUUUGUAAAUGCAGCCCUAGUUCUUUCAGCAGUGCAGAUACAGCCUACGUUCUUGCUUACUCUGUAAUAAUGCUUAAUACAGACGCUCAUAAUAAUAUGGUGAAAGAUAAGAUGACAAAGGCUGAUUUUAUCCGAAACAACCGAGGAAUUGAUGAUGGAAAGGAUUUACCAGAGGAAUAUCUUGGGGCCCUUUAUGAUAAAAUUGUUAGAAACGAAAUUAAGAUGAAGGCUGAUUCUUCUGCACCUCAGGGUAGGCAAGAAAAUAGCUUUAAUAGAUUGCUGGGAUUGGAUGGAAUACUCAAUCUUGUGAACUGGAAGCAAAAUGAGGAAAAAGCAGUGGGUGCAAAUGGGCUUCUCAUUCGGCAUAUUCAGGAGCAGUUCAAAUCAAAUUCACGAAAAUCAGAAUCGGCUUAUCAUGUUGUCACAGACGUGGCUAUACUGAGGUUUAUGGUGGAAGUAUGUUGGGGUCCUAUGCUGGCUGCAUUCAGUGUAACUCUUGACCAGAGUGAUGACAGGGUAGCUACUUCUCAAUCCUUACAGGGAUUUCGACAUGCUGUGCAUAUUACUGCUGUGAUGGGCAUGCAGACUCAAAGGGAUGCUUUUGUUACAUCUGUUGCCAAAUUUACUUAUCUGCAUUGUGCUGGAGAUAUGAAACAGAAAAAUGUUGAUGCUGUCAAGGCAAUAAUAUCAAUUGCCAUUGAAGAUGGUGAUCAUCUACAAGAAGCAUGGGAACACAUAUUAACAUGCCUCUCCCGAAUUGAGCAUUUGCAAUUGUUAGGUGAGGGCGCUCCAAGUGAUGCAACCUUCUUCACUUCAUCUAAUUCUGAAACAGAGGAAAGAACACCAAAAACAUUAGCUUUCUCUUCUUUCAAGAAAGGAACUCUCCAGAAUCCAGCCAUGGUGGCUAUCGUUCGUGGGAGUCCAUAUGAUAGUACAAGUGUUGGGGGAAAACCCUCUACGUUGGUAACACCGGAACAAAUAAAUAGUUUCAUCUCUAACUUGAAUCUACUGGAUCAAAUUGGAAACUUUGAAUUGAACCAUGUCUUUGCUCAUAGUCAAGGGUUGAACGGCGAAGCAAUAGUAGCAUUUGUGAAAGCUCUUUGCAAAGUUUCCAUCUCCGAGUUACAGUCUCCAACAGACCCCCGUGUAUUUGGCCUCACUAAAAUAGUAGAAAUCGCGUAA